CCCAGGCCUAGAGCUCUGGAGGCUUUGGGCCCAGCCUGGGGACCAUGCAGCGGGAUGUGGGCAGCUUUCCCCUAGCCCCAGGGCUCAGGGCUAAGCUCAUCGGAGCCGGGUUCCAGACGGCCCAGGAGCUGCUGGAGAUCGGGCCCUGCGAGCUCAGCAAAGAAAUUGGAAUCUCUAAAGAGGAGGCACUAGAAACCUUGCAAAUUGUAAGAAGAGAAUGUCACAGUAAUGCAACAAAGACUGCUGGUGAUCCGGAAGCUGUUGGGAAAUGCACAGCACUAGAACUCUUGGCAGAAGAACAGGCACAAGGCUUCAUCAUCACCUUUUGUUCAGCUUUAGAUGAUAUUCUGGGAGGUGGUGUGCAACUAACAAAAAUCACGGAGAUCUGUGGAGCACCAGGUGUUGGGAAAACCCAGUUAUGUAUGCAGCUGGCAGUAGAUGUGCAGAUUCCAGAAUGUUUUGGGGGGCUUGCUGGAGAAGCAGUUUUCAUUGAUACAGAGGGAAGCUUUAUGGUAGACAGAGUGGUAGACAUUGCAGCUGCCUGUGUUCAGCACUGCCAGCUUAUUGCUGAAACACAUCAGGAAGAAGACUUUCAAAAAUCCCUGGAGACUUUCUCCCUUGAAAGUAUUCUUUCUCAUAUCUAUUACUUCCGUUGUCAUGACUACACAGAGCUGCUAGCACAGGUCUACCUCCUCCCAGACUUCCUUUCAGAGCAUUCAAAGGUCCGAUUGGUUAUCGUGGAUGGAAUUGCCUUUCCUUUUCGGCACGACUUUGAGGACCUCUCACUGCGAACGCGGCUUCUGAAUGGCUUAGCACAACAGUUGAUCAGCAUAGCAAAUGGUCAUAAAUUAGCUGUAGUUUUGACAAAUCAAAUGACAACAAGGAUUGGACAAAGUCAGUCCAUGUUGGUACCUGCUUUAGGGGAAAGCUGGGGACAUGCUGCUACCAUCCGUUUAAUCUUCCACUGGGACAACAAACAGAGGUUGGCAACAUUGUACAAAUCACCGAGUCAGAAGGAGUCGACCAUACCUUUCCAUAUUACACCUCAUGGCUUCCGGGAUGUGCAUCCUCCACCUCCAAGCCAGAUCCCAGCAGAAGUUGAAAUUAACCCUCGAAAACGGCCACGGAUAGAAGGGGACAAACAAUAGUGAUACAAAGGAUAAACUUCAACAAAGGUGUUACGUAUGAAAAUGUUUGUACUAUAAACAUUGGUUCAACAUCCAGGGGAGCCUGAGAGACUAUUUUAAACCAAAACUGCUGUGUCCCAAAUUACUUUAAUAUUAAACCCAGAAUAUCCAAGUUUACAUAAUGGCAGUGCCAUUAAAAAUGUUUAUUUUUAUGACCUAAUUUGGCUUUACUAAUAAAUGUUUUCUACAAUCAGGGGCUUCAGCUUCUUUAGUUGAAGAAUAUUAUAGCUGCUACUUGUAUGUCUGAGCACGAGAGAGAGAAACACUUGCUCCAUGGAACAAUGGGAUCCGAUUCAGUACAUCAGAUGACAAAGUCUUGAUCGUGCAUUCGCUUCUGUGUGCAGCUGAACUUCACUAGGGCUCCAUACAGUGGUCUGUCCAUAUGGAACAAGCUGCAGGAUAAGGGCCUCUGUCAAUGGAAGUGAAGCACCUGCUUAAAGAUAAGAAUGUGUUUAAGUGCUGUGCUAAAUCAGGGCUUUAGCCCUUAACUACUGUGAUGUCCAUGUUGGAGACCAAUCAAAGCUUUCUAACAGCUGAAGCAUUUGUUACUGGCCAUGGUCCGAGACAGCAUACUGGAGCAGAAGGACAUAGGAAUUGUUGUACUGGAUAAAACCCAAUCUUGGUGAAUGGGAAACAUUUGAGGUCUAAUCUACAUGGCUGGAUAGUCUUCAGCCUCUGUUCUGUCUUUCUUCUAAUAAAGGAUUUAGUAGUAUGGUGAUCCUAAUCACUAGGGCAUGUUUUGUGUGUAGUCCUAAUUUAAUUUAGGAAAGAGAAAUGUUUCUUAAAAGACAGCAGUGUACUAGCAGCUCCAAAAUCUAAACCGAAGGGAAGAACAUAAAUGUACCCACUGUCAAUGCAGCAAAGAUCUGGCCUCUCUCACAGAAAAUAAACCUUGACUGACUGAA